AAACCCUUUUCGCUUGGCAACAUUGAUAAACCUAAACCCUAAACCUAGGGGUUGCUGGAAGCCAGUUUUUUGGUUGGCCUUCAGCUAUUUCGCUAUCUGCUGCACAAGGGAAAAUACCGAUUUGAUUUCACUCAAGCAUUUGGUGACAUGAACUUCAAGAAUGUCAAAGUUCCCAAUGUGCCAGGCGGGGGUGCUGCUUCUGCCUUGCUCAAGCUGGGAGUCAUUGGUGGAAUAGGCUUGUAUGCAGCAGCUAAUAGUCUCUACAAUGUUGACGGGGGGCAUCGUGCUAUUGUGUUUAACCGUAUAGUUGGUGUCAAAGACAAGGUUUAUCCCGAGGGUACACACCUUAUUAUUCCAUGGUUUGAGAGGCCAGUCAUCUAUGAUGUUCGUGCAAGACCCCAUCUUGUUGAGAGUACUUCCGGAAGCCGUGAUCUUCAGAUGGUGAAAAUUGGGCUUCGAGUUCUUACUCGUCCUGUGGCUGAUAAGCUACCCACAAUUUAUCGAACUCUUGGCGAGAAUUACAAUGAAAGAGUACUGCCUUCUAUCAUUCAUGAAACUUUGAAAGCUGUGGUUGCGCAGUACAAUGCCAGCCAGCUCAUCACUCAAAGAGAGAAUGUUAGUAGGGAAAUACGGAAGAUAUUGACAGAAAGGGCAGUCAAUUUCAAUCUUGCACUUGAUGAUGUGUCCAUCACAACCCUGACUUUUGGAAAGGAAUUUACGGCUGCAAUUGAAGCGAAGCAGGUGGCGGCACAGGAGGCUGAGAGGGCUAAAUUUAUUGUUGAAAAGGCUGAGCAAGACAAGAAAAGUGCCAUUAUUAGAGCAGAGGGAGAAGCCAAGAGUGCUCAACUGAUUGGUCAAGCUAUUGCCAACAAUCCUGCAUUUAUCACACUUAGGAGGAUUGAAGCUGCAAGAGAUAUUGCCCACACUAUGUCAAAUGCGGCCAACAAAGUUUUCCUGGAUGCGGAUGAUUUAUUGCUGAACCUUCAUAAUGUGAAUUUGGAUGCCAACAGCAAGAAAUAGGCAAAUCAGGCUGAACAUGCUACCGGUUCCCCCCAAGGCCAGUUAUGUUCCUUGCAUUGUCCAAUUGCGAGAAUAUUUCAUAAAAAAACUAAACAGUGAAUAGAUCAAAAGUUUAAGGUUCUUUUUAAUGGAUGUUCCGAGGAAAGUUCAAUUUAGUUUGCUUUCAGAAACUAUUCUCAAGUGGAGACUAAAUUUCAUUCAGGACCUUAAUUGGAUUUGUGACUUAUAUUAACUCCUCUCUUAGCUAUCAAUUGAACUUGUCCAGGAUAAAUAUUUGCUUA